AUGCGGCGCCUGACCCGCCGCCUGGUGCUGCCGAUCCUCGGGGUGUUCUGGCUCACCGUGCUGCUGUUCUUCUGGGUAACCAAGAGGAAGUUGGAGGUGCCGAUGAGACCUGAAGUGCAGACCCCCAAGCCUUCGGAUGCUGACUGGGAUGACCUGUGGGACCAGUUUGAUGAGCGGCGGUAUCUGAAUGCCAAAAAGUGGCGCCUUGGUGAUGACCCCUAUAAGCUGUAUGCUUUCAACCAGCGGGAGAGCGAACGGAUCUCCAGCAAUCGGGCAGUCCCGGACACUCGCCACUCGAGAUGCAAGCUGCUGGACUACUGUACGGACCUCCCGCCCACCAGCAUCAUCAUCACCUUCCACAACGAGGCCCGCUCCACCCUGCUCAGAACCAUCUACAGCGUGUUAAACCGCACCCCUGUGCAUCUGAUCCAGGAAAUCAUAUUAGUGGAUGACUUCAGCAAUGACCCUGAGGACUGCAGACAGCUCAUCAAGUUGCCCAAGGUGAAAUGCUUGCGCAAUAACGAGCGGCAAGGUCUGGUCCGGUCCCGGAUUCGGGGAGCUGAUGUUGCCCAGGGCACCACUCUGACUUUCCUCGACAGCCACUGUGAGGUGAACAGGGACUGGCUCCAGCCCCUGUUGCACAGGGUCAAAGAGGACUACACGCGGGUGGUGUGUCCUGUCAUCGACAUCAUUAACCUGGACACCUUCCACUACAUCGAGUCUGCCUCGGAGCUCAGAGGGGGGUUUGACUGGAGCCUCCACUUCCAGUGGGAGCAGCUCUCCCCAGAGCAGAAGGCGUGGCGCCUGGAUCCCACGGAGCCCAUUAGGACUCCCAUCAUAGCUGGAGGACUCUUUGUGAUCGACAAAGCCCGGUUCGAUUACCUGGGGAAAUACGAUACGGACAUGGACAUCUGGGGUGGGGAGAACUUUGAAAUCUCCUUCCGAGUGUGGAUGUGCGGGGGCAGCCUGGAGAUCAUCCCCUGCAGCCGAGUGGGGCAUGUCUUCCGGAAGAAGCACCCCUACGUGUUCCCGGAUGGAAAUGCCAACACCUACAUCAAGAACACCAGGCGGACAGCUGAAGUGUGGAUGGAUGAAUACAAGCAGUACUACUACGCUGCUCGGCCUUUCGCCCUGGAGAGACCCUUUGGGAACAUUGAGAGCAGAUCGGAUCUGAGAAUGAAUCUGCACUGUGAGAGUUUCAAGUGGUACCUGGAGAAUGUCUAUCCAGAACUCAGGAUCCCCAAGGAUUCCUCCAUCCGGAAGGGCAACAUCCGACAGAGGCAGAAGUGCUUAGAGUCUCAAAAGAGCAAAAAUCAAGAGGUUGCAAACCUAAAGUUGAGCCCCUGUGUCAAGGUCAAAGACAGGGAAGCAAAGUCCCAGGUGUGGGCCUACACGUACACCCAGCAGAUCCUCCAGGAGGAGAUGUGCCUGUCAGUGGUCACCAUGUUCCCUGGAGCCCCCGUGGUUCUUGUCCCUUGCAAGAAUGGAGAUGACAGACAGCAGUGGACCAAGACUAGCUCCCGCAUCGAACAUGUAGCAUCCCACCUCUGCCUGGACACGGAUAUGUUCGGUGAUGGCACUGAGAAUGGCAAGGAAGUCGUCAUCAACCCGUGCGAGUACUCACUUAUGAGCCAGCACUGGGACAUGGUGAGCUCUUGA